UAUUAUUUUUUUCUGUGACUUAUUAUUUAAAAAAAAACUUCAUUGAAAGCAAACAAAUUGACAGAAAUCCCUCAGAAUCAGGUUGGAUCAUGAAAUAGUAACAGAGACACGUGGGCGGAAGUGGCUACGUCAUCACAACAGUGAGACAGGCGGAGAAAACGCGGCCCGUCCGUGGACGUGACGGGGAUACAAAAACACCGAGACCAGCAGGAAACCAUGCUCCGGUCCCCGCGGCGUCUGUAGCCCGCCUCACGCAUCCUCGCGCCGCCUGCAUUCCCGCUCGUGCCCCCGGAGGCUGCGGUACCACCAUGGUGGAGCAAUCGGACAGAGCCCCGCUGCUGGACUGGGAGGAGAUCCCUCCGCCCGACCCGAACCAGGUGGCCCAGCCGCCGCCUCAGCCGCCCCGGGAGGAGGACGCGCCCGCCGCGAACGGCACCGCCGCUCCGGUGGCGCCGGCGGCAGGGAGGGGCUCCACCGCCAUCACCUGCAGCCCGACGCCAAACCUAACAGCUGUUGCAGCGAUCAGGGAGGACCAGCCGAACCGAACCGGGAGCGAUCGGCCGGAACCCCUCGGUUCCGAUCGGAGCGUCCCGUUUUCCAGGCUGACCGUGAAGGAUCAGUGGGAGGAGAAAGACCAGAUCGUCGCCGUGUUUGUGGUCACCUUUGACACGAGGUCAGGGAACAUGGUGGAGUGGUGCCUCCCUCAUGACAUCAACCUGGAUGGCGUUGAGUUCAAGUCCAUGGCGAGCGGCUCCCAUCGGAUCACCAGCGACUUCAUAUAUUUCCGUAAAGCCGGCUACUUCGGACUGGCCUGUUUCGCCAACAUGCCCGUGGAAAGUGAGCUGGAGAGAGGAGCCAGGAUGAAGUCGGUGGGAAUCCUGUCUCCUUCCUACACUCUGCUGUACCGGUACAUGCACUUCUUGGAGAACCAAGUCCGACACCAGCUGCAGUGUCCCGGUCAGUAUUCUCCCCUGGAGGCCUUCUACGAGGAUAAGAAGGCGGUUCUGCCCCCGACGGGGAACGGCCUGGUGACCGCCUGUCCAACCUGGAGCGUGACCGCUAUAAACCGCUGCAUGCAUCCAGAAAUGAAGAUCACACACCCGGCCGGCUGCAUGUCCCAGUUCAUCCAGUUCUUUGGGGAGCAGAUAAUGGUGUUGUGGAAGUUUGCGUUGCUUCGGAAACGCCUCCUCAUCUUCUCCCCGCCGCCUGUCGGGGUGGUCUGCUACAGGGUGUACUGCUGUUGCUGCCUGGCCAACGUUUCCAUUCCUGGAAUCGGCGUUUCUGUGCCUGAAUUGCGGCCUUUCUUUUACAUCAACAUCGCUGACAUCAGCGCGCUGGAAACCGAGCUGUCCUAUGUGGCUUGCACCACAGAGAAGAUCUUUGAAGAUAAGAAGGAACUGUACGACGUCUACGUGGACAACCAGAAUGUGAAGACUCACCGGAGCCACCUCCAGCCGCUGCUCAAACUCAACGCCGCAGAUAAGGAGAAGUACAGGAAGCUGGGCGAGCAGAGGCAGUUGCUGCUGUACUCUCAGGAGGUGGAGGAAGACUGCACGUCAAAUGAAGAAGAUCUCUUCAUUCUGUUCUUCAUGGAGCUGAAUAACCGCAUCUUCCAGACGCUGUCGGAGGUGGCGGGCAGCGCCGAUCGGACCCUCACGGUGGAUCACGUGAGGGCCAUGGGGCUGGACCCCCAGGGCGACCGCUCCUUCCUGGCCGACCUGUUGGAGGUGUACGGCUUCGAUGUGACGCUGGUCAUAGACAACCUCUGCUGCCCCUGAAGCCCCGCCUCCGAACGAUUUUUGAGCCUGAAAGGCCGUCACACAAACACCAAGACACUGAGGACACCGUCUCCAUCUGUCGUCUCUUUGUACGUUCUGGAGACGCUCCGCUGUGGGUCCGAGGAUCCACGCCGCCGAGAAGCUCCGGUGGGACUCCUAGCGAACCGCUCUCGACAAAAACUUCUGCUGGAGACUUCCUUGAUUCUGGACGAUGGGAAAACGUCAAUUAUCUUCACCGCAGGAAGAUGGAAUGUUCCACUUUUCACGAAUCACGGACACCUUCACAGUCCAACCGUUUGAUGUUCACUCUGAAAAGCUUUACGGGAACGGUUUGGGGAUGCUCGGAAAUCCUGGAAACCUGAGCGUUUCAGUUUUUUUCACUUUGUUUGCCUUUCAAAAGAAAGCAAUAGGAGGAAAGUUCAGCCUCAUAGAUUUGGGAUUUACAGUUUUAUAGCUGUCAAAAAGUGAGAUGAAGCUGAAGAAAAUCGUUUUUUUAGUGUGUAUAAAUACAUUUAUGAGAACGAAAAGGCUGUUGUAAAUACCACCAGCUUUAUGCACUUUUCAACACCAAUGUUUCUGCUUCUGAUUCUUUGGGUGGGUGAGGUUUCACUGAAAUCCCUUUGGUUUUAUCUCUUCUUGUGAAUGCUGCACCACGUCCACCGCUGCACACGGUUAUGCUUAACUUUAAUGUUCUAAAAGCCAUUUCCCUGGAGAACGGGCGGUCAUGUUCUUCCUGUUGCUUGUAGCAGAUCAACAAAAAAAUCAACUUUCUGCUCAUCUGUGCUGAUGAGGAUCUUUCUGCUUUUCCUUUCUCUUUGAUACGUUUGGAUGGGAGCGGGGCAGAAACCCCUGAAAGGGUCCGUUCUCUUCCUUUGAGCAGGUCCUGCUUUAGAAAUGGGGCCAACUGUGUCUUUGAAUGCUGCUGGCAGAGAGCUUUCCAGCAAUAAUUUGUUCCAUGUUGGAACUCGUGAAGCUCUUUUUGUCUGGAUUUCAUGUUUUUCUCCCAAAUGUGAGCUAAAAUAUCAGAUUUGUGGUUCCUUCUUUGAUUUCAGGUUCUGUUAAAAUAGGUUCAUAACUUUAUUUUUAUUCUUUUUUGUGUUAAAAAAUGGGGAAAGGAAAUAAAUGCACUAAAGGUUGUGGGGGAAAAAAUAAAUAAAAGGAAGCUUUAUUUUAAAAAUGGGGCCUUAAAACUCAAACUCUUGUUUCUGUUUGUCAGUCCGACUGGCAGAACUGUUCACUGAGAUCCUCACGUCUGCUUAGCUAUGGAGCUAAUUUAGAGCCAAUAUUAUUUGAAACCCAAAAAAAAAAAAUUUAAAUGUGUGAAACUUUUUGUUAUUCUAAAAUAAACUUAAUUAUUUUCAGCUUCAAAUUUUGUCUUUUAAGUCUCAAAACUCAAAAUUUCCAUUUUAAAACUUUGUUUUCACUUUCAACACAUUUUUUUUUUCGUUUUCAAAUCUGAAAGUUUUUGGCCCUGUUGGGACGCGUUGGGGCGGGACUAACACGAAGGACCAAUCAAAAUCGAUGAGGGUGGUAACUUCAGUCCUGGUGCAUUCACUGACUCAUAUACCUGUGGUGGUUACGGUCAGAAAAUGGCUGCUUAGUCUCGACUAUCAUAGUUUGAAGUUGGUGUAAAUGGGUGUAAAAAGCAGAGUUUUAAUGCGUACAAAUCGCGGGUCCAAAGUGCUGUUCUAGUCCGUUCAAAAUGCCAUGUUAUUGUGUUACAUACAAGCAUUGAAAACGUCUUCAAGCACAUAAUUAUCCAAGUUCUCAGAGUCAGUGAACGCACCGGGACUGAACGCGCCACAAUAGGGCCAAAAGUUUUGAAACUGAAGCUUUCAGAUUUGAAAACAAAAAAAAAAUAUUGAAAUAAUUUUUUUUUUGUUUUAAAACCUAAAAAACAGAACAUCUGAAGCUGAAAAUAAUGAAGUUUAUUUUAGAAUUGCAAAAAGUUUUGGACAUUUACAUUUUUUUGUCCAAAUUUUUCAAUUUGUUUUAUUUUGGUUGCAAACAGUAUUGGCCCCAUUUUAGCUCCAUACUUCUCUUCUUCAAAGACGGCGUUUGCUCCCACACGAGCGUGUGACUGCUUCUACACCUCCACUGUACAGAUGCCUUCUCUGUCUGAAUGUCCACAGACUUGAACCAGCAUCAGCUGAUCGUUUGUACAGCGUGCCACUCUACUGAAUGUCCAAACAACGAUUGCACAUCAUGGCCACACAUCCGAGUAGUGUAACCGUUUUCUUCUGGAUCGUGCUGUAAAUCGAGAGUAUCUUUCAAAAAUAACCAACGUACUGAUGUGAAACCCUGGUAACGUUUGGAGAGCUCCAUAGCAUGAGCAACUGUCAGUUUCACUGUACUGCCAUUGUAAACCAAUAAAAACAUGGAUAGUGUUCAACCUGA